AUGCUCUUCCGAGCUGUGCUGCUCUGCGCCGCCCUGGUGCUCAGCCAGGCAGCAAAUCCUUGCUGUUCCAAUCCAUGUCAAAACCGUGGGGAAUGUAUGAGCAUAGAAUUUGACCAGUAUAAGUGUGACUGUACCCGGACUGGAUUCUUCGGUGAAAGCUAUACUACACCUGAAUUUCUGACAAGAAUCAAAUUACUGCUGAAGCCCACCCCAAACACAGUACACUACAUCCUGACCCACUUCAAGGGAGUCUGGAACAUUGUGAACAACCUUCCCUUCCUGAGAAGUUCAAUCAUGAGAUAUGUGCUGACAUCCAGAUCACAUUUGAUUGGCAGUCCACCAACUUACCCUGUGCACUAUGGCUACAAAAUCUGGGAAGCCUCCUCCAAUCUCUCCUACUACACCAGGGCCCUUCCCCCAGUAGCAGAUGACUGCCCAGCUCCCAUGGGUGUGAAGGGAAAUAAGGAGCUUCCUGAUUCAAAAGAAGUGCUGGAAAAGGUUCUCCUAAGGAGAGAGUUCAUCCCUGAUCCCCAAGGCUCAAAUAUGAUGCUUGCAUUCUUUGCCCAGCACUUCACCCAUCAGUUUUUCAAGACAGACCAGAAGCGAGGACCAGGGUUCACCCGAGGACUGGGCCAUGGAGUGGACUUAAAUCACAUUUAUGGUGAAACUCUAGAACGACAACAUAAAAGGUGCAUUUUCAAAGAUGGAAAAUUGAAAUAUAAGGUCUUCGGUGGAGAGGUGAAGCCUCUCACAGUCAGAGACACUCAGGUAGAGACGAUCUACCCUCCUCACAUCCCUGAGAACCUGCCGUUUGCUCUCUGGUCAGAAAUCUUUGUUCUGGUGCCUGGUCUGAUGAUGUAUGCUACAGUCUGGCUUUGGGAGCAUAACAGAGUGUGUGACAUACUCAAACAGGAGCAUCUUAUGUGGGAUGAGCGACUAUUCCUCACCAGCAGACUCAUCCUCAUAGGAGUAAAUAUCAAGAUAGUGAUUGAAGACUACGUGCAACACCUGAGCAGUUGCCAUUUCAAACUCAAGUUUGACCCAGAGCUCCUUUUCAACCAACAGUUGCAUUAUCAGAACCACAUUGCCUCUCCAUUCAACACACUCUAUCACUGGCAAGCCCUGCUGUCCUACACCUUCAACACUGAAGUCCAGGAGUGUAGCUUCAACCAGUUUCUCUACAACUCCAUCCUCCUAGAACACGGACUCACUCAGAUUGUUGAGUCAUUCACCAGACAGAUUGCUGGCCAGGUUGCUGGGGGAAGAAAUGUUCCAAUGGCCCCACAAGCCGUGUCAAAAACCUCCAUUGACCAGAGCAGAGAGAUGAACUACCAGUCUCUGGACAAGAAGCCUUAUGCAUCAUUUGAAGAGCUUAGAGGAGAGAAGCAAAUAGGUACAGGGUUGAAAGCCCUCUUCAGUGGCAUCGACACCAUGGAACUCUAUCCUGGCCUGCUGGAGGAAAAGCCCUGUCCAGUUGCUAUUUUGCGGGACAAUUUGGUAGAACUUGGAGCACCAUUCUUCUUGAAAGGACUUAGGGGUGAUCCCAUCUGUUAUCCUCAACACUGGAAGCCGAGCACCUUCAGUGGAGUAGUGGGUUUUAAGAUCAUCAACACUGCCUUAAUUCAGUCUCUCAUCUGCAAAAAUGUGAAGGGGUGUCCCUUUUUUUUG